UUCAACAACUUUUCAAAAUUUUAAUUUCUUUCUAUUCAAAUUUCCGACUCAGAGAAAUAAAACAUGACCGACGAAAAGAAAAUGCCCAAUUAUGUGAAAUUUAUAAUUGGUGGUGCCUCCGGUAUGACUGGUUUACUAUUUGUACAGCCCAUGGAUUUGGUUAAAACUCGUAUGCAAAUGGCUGGCAUUGGAGGACAAGCGAGUGAAUAUAAAAACUCAAUGGACUGUCUCAUGAAAGUGCUAAAGAAUGAAGGUCUAAUGAAAUGUUGGCAUGGCUUGGGAGCAGGUCUGUUAAGACAGGCCACCUAUACCACCACACGAAUGGGUGUUUAUCAGAAUCUAAUAGAGUUGUACAAAAGCAAUACUCAACAGGCCCCCACGGUAACUGCCAGCAUGGGAAUGGGCAUAAUGGCUGGAGCAUGUGGUGCCUUUGUGGGAAAUCCAGCCGAUGUGGCUCUCAUACGUAUGGUAACGGAUGGCAAAUUGCCAGCAGCUGAAAGAAGAAACUAUAAAAAUGUAGCUGAUGCCCUGACACGCAUUCUUAAAGAAGAAGGUUUGGCUGGCUUGUGGAAAGGUUGCCUACCCACGGUGGUUCGGGCCAUGAUUGUGAAUAUGUGCCAGUUGGCUUCCUACAGUCAAGCUAAAAAUUAUUUACACCAAGGUCCUUUGCAAAUAAAAGAAGGUUUUGCAUUGCAUGUUGGUGCAAGUUUCUUUUCUGGCCUCUUGACUUCCAUAGCCUCACUGCCCAUGGACAUAGCCAAGACUCGCAUACAAAAUAUGAAAACGUCAGCGGGUGCUAAGCCGGAGUAUUCGGGUACAAUUGAUGUUUUAGCAAGGGUAUGUCGCAAUGAGGGACCUUUGGCUUUGUGGAAGGGGUUCACGCCAUAUUUUGCCCGUCUGACGCCUCUAACGAUAUUGAUUUUUGUGUUCUUGGAGCAGUAUAAUAAACUGUAUUAUAAAUAUGUAUUGGGCACUGAUGGUGGUUCUAAUUUGUAAAUUAAGUAUUUUUAAAUUUCAAAAAUAAAUGGAUAA